AUGGUGGUGCAGGACAGCGUGGACGCCCCCGGCGUGCCGCUGGAGCCCUUCCUGCACCAGGUUGGGGGGCACCUGAGCGUGAUGAAGUAUGAUGAGCACACGGUGUGCAAGCCCCUCAUCUCCCAGGAACAGAGGUUCUACGAGUCCCUGCCGCUGGCCAUGAAGCGCUUCACCCCGCAGUACAAAGGCACCAUCACCGUGCACCUCCGGAAGGACAGCCGCGGCCGUCUCAGCCUGGUUGCCAGCCCCCUGACUGAGAACCGGGGGCCCUUCACGGUCUCCACGGAGUCGGCAGCGGUGGCCAUAUGGCAGACCCUCCAGCAGAGCCCUGGCGGUGGCGCCCUCCCCCUCGCCCAGUGGCAGCACCCCCAGCUGGUACACUCGCUCACGGAGAGCCCGGCCACGGCGCUCCUGAGGUCCGAGCUCCACCUGAAGGCCCAAGUCCCCUCGCUGGUGGAAGACGCGAACGGGAACCUGACGGAGAAGGGCAGCUUUAACCCGUGGGGCCUCCGCUGCCACCGGGCCCACCUGCAUCGCCUGUGUGCCGAGUACCCAGAGAACCAGCGGCAUCGGUUCCUGUUGCUGGAAAACGUAGUGUCACAGUACAAGCAUCCCUGCAUCUUAGACCUGAAGAUGGGGACCCGGCAGCACGGGGACGACGCCUCAGAGGAGAAGAAGGCCCGCCACAUGCGGAAGUGUGCGCAGAGCACCUCGGCCCAUCUGGGCAUGCGCGUCUGCGGCAUGCAGGUUUAUCAAAGUGAUAAGAAGCACUUUCUCUGCAAAGACAAGUACUAUGGAAGAAAGCUCUCAGUGGCGGGCUUCAGGCAAGCGCUUUACCAGUUCCUGCACGAUGGGACCCGCUUCCGGACAGAGCUGCUGGAGCCCAUCCAGCGCCAGCUCCAGGCCCUCCUCUCGGUCAUUAGGAGCCAGAGCUCAUACCGGUUCUACUCUAGCUCCCUUCUCAUCAUCUAUGAUGGGCAGGAGACUCCACAGACGCCCCAUGGCAGCAACAUCAUCAAAGUUGACGUCCGGAUGAUCGACUUUGCUCACACAACAUACAAAGGCUCCUGGAAUGAACACACCACCUACGAUGGACCAGAUCCAGGCUAUAUCUUUGGCCUGGAAAACCUCAUCCAGAUCCUGCAAGGUAUUCAUGAGGGACAAUGAGACUUGUUGGGCCCAUCUGGACUUUUCCAGAGAAGAACUCUCCAAGGGGACCUGUUGGUAGUCUAGACCCCCCUGAGAUGUGUCUGUAAUAAUUCUAUCUAUGUUCAAAAGCCAUCUCUCCACAUGACAGGCUAUACUAACAGCUGCUAAGGACACCAGCUCUGGAGGUAAUGCACAUACCCUGGCAUCUUGCGCUCAUGCUGGCCCUCACAGGCUGCAUGUGAGGAUGAAACGGUGCCUUUCUGGAGUAAGGAAAGCUGCAGAGGAGUUAGGGGCCAGUGUCACAGCGAGAUUCUGCAGCACUUGCACUGAAGGACGCUUUCUUGUUGUCAUGCUGCGCUCUCACAAGCUGUGAGG